GGCCGCUUCCGGGCCGGGCCGGGAGGAUGAGCGGCGCGCGGCGCCGGGAGGAGCAGCAGGCGGUGGCCAACGGCGGCGGCCGCGGCUCGGUGUGGGGCAAGGCUCUGCGCAGCGACGCCGCCUGGCACGACAAGGACGAGUUCCUGGAUGUGAUCUACUGGUUCCGGCAGAUCAUCGCCGUGGUCCUGGGCGUCGUCUGGGGAGUGCUGCCGCUCAAGGGCUUCGUGGGCAUCGCAGUGUUCUGCCUGAUCAAUGCUGGUGUUCUGUACCUCUACUUCAGCAGCUUCCAGCAGAUAGAUGAGGAGGAGUAUGGAGGGACGUGGGAGCUCACAAAGGAAGGCUUCAUGACAUCUUUUGCACUGUUUCUGGUGGUUUGGAUCAUCUUCUACACUGCCAUCCACUACGACUGACACAACCUGAGCUCUGCCCUGUCCAGUCAGCCAGGAGGUGAAGAUGUGAAUCAAUCCUAGUCUGUAGUGACUGGUGGGAAGGUGGGGGCAGCUCAGUCACCUCCCUGCUGUCCCAGUGGGAGACCCCCAACUCUUCUGCCAGAGGAGUCUCCAUUUUCUCUUCCCAGUAAUUGUGGAACUAUUAAAAAGCCAUUGGAAUCUCUGGAAGUGGUUCAAGGACGUUCAGAGUUGGAGCUGUCUGUGACUCUAGCCAGUAACUCUGGAUCAACUCCUGUGUGCUGAGGGGUGAAGCUGUUCCUUUAAUAUGUGGGAGCCCUCCUGCUGGGAAACCUCUCCCUAAAUCCAGACCUGUCUUCCACUGCUGCCUUUAGGCACCUGGCUUCUAAGCAGCAGCUGCAGGGCAGAUGGGAAGAAGGCUCUGCAGCAGCCAGGAGCUGAGCUGAGCAGCCCCCCCUGGCAUCCUCAGCAGACUGUCUUGCCACCAGCUCUGCCAGCCUUUGGUUUCCUUGCAAAUCAGCUGCUGAGCAGAACUUUGCUCCUUGCUGAAGACAAACUUGGAAGCAGCUGUGCUGGAAGGAGUUGUGAUUGAUUUAAUCAAGGAGGCUGAGAAACUCCACUGCAUUUUGCUAGCCUGACUACUGAGCUGCCAUCACACACCUCAGAGCUGAGCACCCUGGAGAGUCCCUCGGGAAGGUUAAGCAUUGCAGUGCUUUGCUUUCCUUUUUGAGCUCCUUGUUGAUGAAUGCAGGAGACGAAGUGCCAGCUGCAGCAGCUACGAGCCUGCAGUGUGCCAGUGCUGAGCUGCAGCCUCUGCUCUGCGAGGGGAUCACUGCCUAGCUCAGCUCCCCCCCGGCCUUGCUGUGCCCCAGGGUGGGGAGUCUCUGCUCCCAGCUGCUCUUGAGGAGCAGCCCUUGGUGAAGGCAGAGGGGCCGCGGGGGCUCGCUGCCUGCCCUGGGCUCCUCACCUCCCUGCACAACAGCUCAGGCCCCUGCAGGAGUCCUGACCCGAAGCUGCCUUAGUGAGGAGCUGAUGGUGUUGGUGUGCUCUUGCUGACCCUCUGCACUGCUCCCUGCCUGCUGCAAGUCAGCAGCCUCCUGCUUACCCCUGAGCCUGCAAGUGCUGAGCCAGGGCCCCAGAACUGCCAAGCAGCACAGGGCUCAGUGCUCAGCAGGGGGACAAACAAACCUGCCUGGUGUGGGCCUGGGGGUGCCAGGAGUGCAACAGCAGGCAGCUGUUGCUGUUUCUGAGGUGCCAGCUGCAGUGAGCCAUCAAAUCAAACCAGCUUUGUUUUCUCCUCCCUGUCCCCAGGCUUGCUCAGCCUCUCAGUCUGAUCCUUUUCCUUCAUCUGAAAGCUUUCACUUCCCACAAGGGUUUCAUCAUCUGCUAGUUCCAGGUCACCCUUUCCUACUGGCCUCUGUUUGCAUCUUAGCUGCCCCCAGCCACCAGUGGCAUUGUACCCCUGAGAUGCUGUAAUAAAGGUCCCUGGCUAGUGCA